UGUGCCACUGACCCUCGGCCGGCGUCCAAGUCGGACUGCGAAGGGCCCGCCUCGCAGGAGGGCGCUCGGGGUGGCGGAAUGCCUUGAGCCGUCCCUCAGAGGGGGGCGGGCCAGGCCAGCGCAGCAUAUGAGCAGCUGCUCGGGGGCAGCCGCCCUCCGGCUCUGCGAAGACAGAUGGGGCGAGCGCCAGAGUCAGCUCCAGCUGUCAGCGCGGCGCCCUCUUCCUCCUCCUCCGUCCCCCCGCGCGCCCCCGUCUAUCAUCGCCUGGUCUCAGCGAGGGAACCCAUGGCGUCCAGCGAGGAGGACGGAGCAGGCAACGGCUCGGCGGAAGAGGCCGCCAAGAAAGCGCCUCGGCGGGGCGGCGCGGUCACUACAGCCUGGCUCAUCUUCUACAACAUCGCCAUGACCGCCGGGUGGCUGGUGCUGGCCAUUGCCAUGGCACGUUUUUACUUGGAGAACGGAACACACAAAGGCUUGUACAAAAGCAUUCAAAAGAUACUUAAAUUUUUCCAGACUUUUGCUUUGCUUGAGAUAGUCCACUGUGCAGUUGGAUUAGUGCACACCUCUGUGCUUGUGACUGGGGUCCAAGUGAGUUCCAGAAUCUUCAUGGUGUGGUUCGUUACGCAUAGUAUAAAGCAGAUCCAGAACGAGGAGAGCGUUAUUCUUUUCCUGGUCAUAUGGACUAUGACAGAGAUCACUCGAUAUUCCUUCUACACAUUCAAUAUGCUCAACCACUUGCCAUACUUCAUAAAAUGGGCCAGGUACAAUUUUUUCAUCAUUUUAUAUCCUGUGGGAGUUGUCGGUGAGCUUCUAACAAUUUAUGCUGCCUUGCCUUACGUGAAGAAAUCAGGCAUGUUUUCAGUGAGGCUUCCCAACAAGUAUAACGUCUCUUUUGACUAUUACUACUUCCUGCUUGUUGUCAUGGCCUCUUAUAUACCAUUGUUUCCACAAUUGUACUUCCACAUGCUACGUCAGAGAAGAAAAGUGCUUCAUGGUGAAGUGAUUGUAGAAAAGGAUGAUUAAAACAACUCUGUAAUCCUGGUGUGUUGUUUUUUUCAGAGUAACAAACCAAAACAAUACUGUGUUGCACGAGUCCAAGUUUGAAAUCAUGGAACAAGACUAACUAGUGCACAAAACAAGCCUAGAUCAGGCUGUUUCUUACCAGUGAUAUUUUCAGACUUUGGUUUUCAAUUUUGUGUCAUCCCCCUCCCCCAUUUGCUUUCAGACAAGUUAGUUAUGUGGUCCCCAGUAUAAGAAAGUGCAAAAUAUUACAGUCGUAUGGGCUGUUUAAGAAGCCUUCAAUUACAUUUUUGGGAGGACAUUGACUAUACUGAAAAGUAUCGUAAGUUUACAUAUGGCCCAGCAUGGAACCAGAGAUGUCCGUGCAUAUAUUUGUCUUUGGAAAAAAAGAGCCUUAUCACCUCCUUUCAGAUGUAGUCCCUUGCACAUUUUACCAGGCACUUGUCAGAAGACACUGGGCAAUGAUUUGGGGUCCCAUUUGCCCACUUAUGGUGGUGGACUUCCAGGUAAUUGCAGCCUUUGCCUGCAGAAAUUCAGCUGAUCUGCAAGUGGAAACGAGGGCUGAAGCACAAUAAUCUUGGGGAGAAACAUUAAAAAGAAAAAUAAGGUCUCUGCUGCUUACCGAAAGUGCUGACCAGAGAGUUCCUAGUGAUUCAUGGAGUUACCAGUAAGUGACAAUGGUCGCUCUUAACAGUUGCCAGAGUUGCUAUGGUAAAAUUUCCAUAGAGUUUAUGGCAAUUGCUAGAGGUACCCUUGUCACUUCUGGGUAGCUCUAGGAAUUACUCAAACUUCUAUGAUCAGAACUUCCAGCGAGUAGCUGAGGCUUUCUUUUCUUUUUCAUUUUUCUCUUGGAACAUUGCCUCCCCUCCGACCCUCCCACAAGUUGCCGGGCAUUGCCUGGCAACAAAAGUAAAACCAAAAAGCCCUAUGUGCACUUGGGAACACCCAAACAGCAUUUAACUCCCCCAAUCUACAUCUUAUUUUCAUUGUCUGUCUGGGGACACAAUACUAUAUUUCAUCAAGAUUGCAUAAAGAGAGUUCAUCAACUAUUGAAUUAAUUUGUCAAUUAUAUACUUUCUAAGCCUAGGGUCAUAUUAUGUGAUUAUAUCGAAUUUGUCAAUUAAAGAGGCAAACCUGGGCUCGGUCUUAAUUUAAGAAGCUCUUUACAAAUGAUUGCAGCCAUAAAUUAAGAAGCACUAAGCAAAUAAUUGCCCAUUUAAAAUCAUUUUCUAAUAUAUAUUGUACUGUCCAGUGAAUGGUUUUGCUCACUGUUUUAAAUGAGUAGAUGUAUUUUUGUAAAUAAGUUGAAAAGUGUGCCCAAACUUGGUUACUGUGUUCGUAUGUAAUAGCAGUUGAGUAUAAAUUAUAUUGUCAUAGGAUUAUUUAACAACCUGUUCUUAAAUCCUGCCAGUUUAACAGUUAAUAGGGACCCUCCCCCCCAAAAAAAUCUCACAACUAGUUCCAUAUGCUCAAGGUGGUUUUGUACUGCUGCAUUGCAAACUGAUGCCCUGUUGUUCAAAGGAAAAAGUCAAAAUUUCAUUCUGCACGCUCAAGUUAUUUGGUAUGCAUAGUGCAACUCUGAAUCCCAGCCACAGUACCUUAAAGAAACCUCACAAUGCUGAAUAGAGGACUUGCAGAGAAAGAUAAGGAUAUGAAUGAGAUCACUGGUUUUCUCCCCCACCUGCUAUCCUCUGCCAUGCCCUAAAUUGGCUCCAGAGGUUCAGGAGUCGCUCUAGACCAGCUUUUGAAGGAAGGAGUUUGUAGAUGGAGAGGAGAAUUGGUGAACCUCCUCUGGGCAAGAGUAGAAGUGCCUUCUACAGCAGGAUCUUUGGAUCCAGGCCAUAAUAUGGGGAUUGGAACUGAUUCUGAAUCUUUUUUUUCAAAUGCAUUUCAUUUUGUGUCAGAUCCUUCAGAGUUUGUAUAUUUACAGAAGUUUUGCUUAAGAAAAUUAAUCAAAGGUGCACUUAUUACAGAACACCCACCUGACCCCUGGCUUCCUUCUCAGCAAAUACCCUUUGUCUGUUACCGAAGAAGCAUGCAGACUCCGUAUAACAACAAUAAUUUUAUUUUUUUUUAUUACUAUAACGUUUUUUUUCUGGCAAUAUAACAACUUAAUUUUGUGGGGAGGGGUUUUCUAUAAUAAAGUGAUUAUUAAAGGUGCUCUAACCAUUUUUUCCUGCUACAUAAAUUUGAAGUAACUGAUACAGUAACCUACAAAGUUACUCAUUUCUAAUUUAUGUACUUACAAACAGAUUCAUGUUUAGAUUAGAAAUUCUUAAACUGCAUUGUUUUUGAAAUUCUUGUUUAAUCCUAACUUUCUUUUUAGAAAUUUAAACUGUUUCUUACAAAAUAUCCAGGCAGCUUUUGGUACAUGUUUUAGAAACACAGAGAACUACAUGGAAUGAUAUAUUAUUUGUGCAUGAUGAAUAGUCACCUUUUUUCCUAGAAUUUUAAUUUAUUAAUGCAUUAAGUUUAUUACGUACCUCGCCACCUUGCUGAUCUAAUUUGGACAUGCUGGAACUGUGCUCUGAAUACAAAUAUUUGGUGGUUCUCAUGUAUGCUGUUGUUUAACUUGAGGAUGUUGUCGUACAGUAAACAAGGAAAUAUUUUAGGCAUUCUUUUUUACCAUUUUGUACAUCCAAUAUUAAACAAUACCACAUCUUGUGCUCAGGAUUUCUGAUUUUGCACAGAAUGCUGAUAUUCCUGAGUAUAUUUUAAGAAUGAAAUAUUUAAGAUGAUUUAUACAAAUACUGUGCCAAAAAUGCACUUUAAAUAAACCAUUUACUCAUA